GGAACAACAUUUCUGUUUCCACCAAAAUCAGCAUUCAAUCAAACUCAGACACCAUUCAUUCAUUUGCACAUUGUAUCCAAACUUGUAACUUCACAGUUUCUGCUGUCUUCUGUUUCUGGCAAUCGGAACAAGAACAAGAAUGCAAGCAUCACUUGCAUGCUAUUCACGUCCACAUGGAAAUCCACUUGUCAAACUCAAUCUCCAAACAUCAUCACACACCACCACCAACAACUAUAACCUCCUACCAUCAAUCACUUCACACACACCAAUCUCUCUUCCCAUGAAACUCCAACCUCAGAUUCUUUUGAGCCCUUCCCCUUUACUUCCCAAGCCAAAAGCAAACAGAACUUUGAGCUCCAAAGUUGGUCCACUUGGUUGCGGCAUUUCGUCGAACGGGUACGGUGCAAGUGGGAAGAGGAGUUUGAGGGAGUGGGUUGAGUUAUGCGGCGAGGUACUUUCAACUGCGUUUCCUUUGUGGGUGACGAUUGGGUGCGUGUUGGGAUUGGUGAGACCCAGUUCCUUCAAUUGGGUCAGUCCAAAAUUAAGCAUUGUGGGACUCACCAUAAUCAUGCUUGGUAUGGGUAUGACUCUCACUCUUGAUGAUCUUCGUGGUGCUCUUGCUAUGCCCAAAGAAGUUCUCUCUGGUUUUCUGCUUCAAUAUUCGGUGAUGCCAUUAUCUGGAUUCUUUGUAAGCAAACUCUUAAACCUUCCAUCACAUUAUGCAGCAGGUUUAAUAUUAGUUGGCUGCUGCCCUGGUGGCACAGCUAGCAAUAUUGUUACAUAUCUUGCACGUGGAAAUGUGGCCCUCUCUGUGAUAAUGACAGCUGCAAGCACUUUAUCUGCUGUGGUCAUGACUCCUUUCUUGACAGCCAAACUUGCUGGUAAGUAUGUAGCUGUGGAUGCAGCUGGUUUGUUGACUUCAACAUUGCAAGUUGUGCUCUUACCUGUAUUGGCUGGUGCAUUUCUGAAUCAGUACUUCCAACCUCUUGUUAAGUUAGUUUCUCCUCUAAUGCCACCCAUGGCUGUAGCAACUGUUGCGAUUUUAUGCGGAAAUGCAAUUGCUCAGAGUUCUUCAGCUAUCCUUAUGUCCGGUGGACAAGUAGUUUUAGCCUGCAUGCUUCUUCAUGCUUCCGGUUUUUUCUUUGGAUAUGUACUUGCAAGAAUGCUCAAGUUAGACGUGUCAUCGUCACGAACCAUAUCAAUCGAGGUUGGCAUGCAGAACUCGGUGCUUGGAGUUGUUCUAGCUACUCAGCACUUCGGGGAUCCCCUAACUACAGUACCAUGUGCUGUUUCGAGUGUGUGUCACUCGAUCUUCGGUAGUAUUCUUGCUGGAAUUUGGAGACGCUCGGUGCCAGCUGAGAUGAAGGACUGAAAUUUCUAGCUGGUAAAUCUUUUGGCUGUAACAAGGAUUGAUUCAUUGUUAACUUUUAAAAGCUUCAAGCCGUUGACGAGAAUAGAACCUUAGUUGUCAAGCUCAAUGUUCUUCAGUAAUACUAUUUUGAAUUAACUAGCAACUAGUCAAAUUUCUCAUCCAAA